UAUAUGUGGGUAUGAGUAUUUUGAUUGGAUUCAACAAAAAUAACAAGCAGAGAAAAUGGCGAUGUGGUUUAUCAUCGUCGUCUCCCUCUGCAUCAGCUAUGUUCUAAGCUCCAUUUUAAGCCAUUUUCGAAGCUCCACAAAGCUUCCACCAGGCCCUCCUUCAAUCCCCAUCAUCUCCACUUUCCUAUGGCUCCGCACAUCCAAUCUCCAAUUGGAGUCUUACCUUCGCACCGCUGUCGCCAAAUAUGGCCCCAUCGUCACCCUCCGCAGAGGCUCUCGCCUCUCCAUCUUCAUCGCCGACCACUCAAUUGCCCACAAGAUCCUCGUCCAAAACGGUGCUCAGUUUUCCGGCCGACCACCGGCGCAACCCGUUAGCAAGCUCUUAACCAGUAACCAACACAGUAUCAGCUCUGCCUCUUACGGCCCACUCUGGCGCCUCCUCCGCCGCAAUCUCACUUCCCAAAUCCUUCAAUCUUCUCGGGUUAAGUCCUAUAAUCGAGCUCGCAAGUGGGUUUUGGAUAUUCUUAUUAAUCGGCUUGUUUCUCAUUCGAAAUCUGACACUCCCGUUACCGUCAUCGAUCAUUUUCACUACGCCAUGUUUUGUUUGUUGGUGUUGAUGUGCUUUGGGGAUAGGCUUGACGAAUCCCAUAUCAGGGAAAUCAUGGACGUAGAGCGAGCGGUUGUAUUGAGUUUUGAGCGUUUCAAUGUUCUCAAUUUCUGGCCUAAAUUCACCAAGUUUUUGCUCCGAAAACGCUGGCAGACGCUUCUCCAACUAAGAAAGAACCAAGAGGAUGUCAUAAUUCCAUUGAUUGAAGCUCGGCGGAAGGCCAAUCAAAACAGAGUAAACAGAGCAAACAGAGCAAACAGAGCCGAAACUGAAGAAGAAAAAGAAGAAUUCGUGGUGUCAUAUGCGGACACACUUCUCGAUUUGGAGAUACCCGACGAGGAAAAUAGAAAGCUUACCAAUGAGGAGAUUGUGACCAUAUGCUCGGAAUUUCUCAACGCCGGCACCGACACCACGUCGACGGCCCUGCAAUGGAUAAUGGCGAAUUUAGUGAAAUACCCAGAAAUCCAACACAAGCUUUUUGCAGAGAUAAAAGGAGUAAUGGGGGAUGGAACAGGGGAGGAGGUGAAGGAAGAGGAUUUGCGGAAGGUUCCAUAUCUGAAAGCGGUGGUUUUGGAAGGAUUAAGAAGACACCCACCAGGGCAUUUCGUGUUACCACACGCAGUGAAAGAAGAAACAGAGUUGGAAAAUUACGUGAUACCAAAGGAUGGGACGGUAGAUUUCAUGGUGGCGGAGAUGGGUUGGGAUCCAAAAGUGUGGGAAGAUCCGGCGACGUUUAUGCCGGAGCGGUUCAUGAAAGGAGGGAAAGAAGAAGCAGAAGUGGCGGAGUUUGAUAUAACAGGGAGCAAGGAGAUAAAGAUGAUGCCGUUUGGAGCAGGGAGGAGGAUAUGCCCAGGAUUUGGUCUGGCGAUUCUUCAUUUGGAGUAUUUCCUUGCUAAUUUGGUUUGGCGGUCGGAAUGGAAGGCCGUGGAGGGAGACGAAGUUGAUCUGUCGGAGAAGUUAGAGCUUACGGUUGUCAUGAAAAAGCCUCUGAAGGCAAGAAUCCAUUCCCGGGGAUAAUUUGAGUUUACUUAUUUUGAAAUUUAAUAAACCUAUAUGUGUGGUCAUGCUAAGUUUCCAUU